AUGGCGGAUCCCCUGUCCAUCGCGGCCAGCAUCGCUGGCCUUCUCUCCUUGGCUGAUGUGUCCGCCAAGAAUGCAAACGAGGAGAUUCGGGGCCUGGCCAACGAAGUGAAUCUACUCAUCGGAGCCUUGAGCAGCCUGGAACGUCUCGCCAAGGGAUUCAGGGACGAGCCGUUCGACAGAGCGUUUCGCAUGGACCACAUUGAUGCUUGUCAGACACUACUUCAGUCGCUGAGGGAGAAGGUGCCCAAGCCAGACGCCAAUGACUUGAAGAAUAGGCUCACCUGGCCUUUCAAGUCGUCGUUUGUCAAAGAGAAGCUCGAAGAACUCACCCGUCACAAACAGCACAUAACUCUGGCGCUGACCGCCGACUCGAUGAACGCCCUUCUCCGCGUCAUAUCGGCGCAGAAGGAUUCGCAAGAUACAGCAUCCGAGACCCUUGGCCACGCAAGGCAAACCCACGAGAUUGUGUGCCGGAUUCAUCACGACGCAGAAAAGCGCAAAGUCUUGGAGUCCUUCCUUCAAUGUAACCCUCAGUCCAACUACGAGAUGAGUCUAGGCCUUCGCCAUCCACGGACGGGGCUGUGGUUGUUGCGCAUGCUGGACUUCCAGACAUGGGUGUCGACGCCGGGCUCCAAGAUUUGGUUCAGCGGCAUACCCGGUGCUGGAAAGACGGUUCUUGCAGGCUCCAUUAUCGAAGCAGCUCUUGAACAGAGCACCGAGAAGAUUGCCACAGCGUUUUUCUUCUGCGACUACAAGGAUGCAAAGACACACGAUCUCGUCAACAUCCUCGGCGCCCUCGCUUACCAGUUGGCGAUUCAGAAAGACGAGGCCUACGACAUCCUGGAGGGAUACUAUGAGAAAUUGCAUCCUGCCCGAGGCCUACCCAGAAACCCUACAGCGUCCCAGCUAGCAGAUUUGUUGGGAAAGAUGGCUGCAUUUUUCGGCCAUGUCCUCGUUGUCGUGGACGCACUAGAUGAAUGCGGGAACUCGACAGUCGAGGUGGUGAGGUGCCUGGUUGAGAUAUCAGAGAAGAUCAACCACAUGUCGCUCGCUCUUCUAAGUCGCGACGAGCUUCACAUCAGGUGUAGGCUUGACGGCUACUUCAAAAGCGUCGAAAUCGCGGCUAAAAAGGACGAUAUAAUCCUCUAUGUGACAUGCGAGAUCGAAGAACGUAUUCGUGGUAGGAGGCUCCAUAUCGAAGAUGCCGAGCUGAAGGAGGAGAUACUGGAGGGGCUAAUCGAUGGGGCGAAGGGGAUCCAGACGACUCUUGUCCAGAUGGCGCUACACUUCGUGGCGUAUGCCCAACCAGCGCCCACCAUCGACCAGCUGCGCGAGCUGCUUUCAGUGCCUACAUGUGGUAACUCCCUAGGACCUCAAAAUUUGAUCCACGAAGAUACCAUUGCCAAGCCGUGUAGUAGUCUUGUCCGGAAGUUGAAUGACGGACAAUACUACGAGUUUGCACACUUCUCCGUGCAGGAAUUCCUAGAGGGUGAUUGGCUCGACGACAAACACCAGAGCUUAUUCAAAAUCACCAAGGCACACUGCAACCAACUUCUGGCUUCCACUUGCUUAAGCUAUAUCCAGCUAGAUAACUUCAGCCCCUUCCUGAAACUUGAAUGCGCAGAGGACUGGGUUGAGUACGUUGAGAAGCAGAAAGAGGGGCACACCCUCUACAAGUACGCAAGCUUGAAUUGGCCAAAGUUCGCAAGAGGCCAAUGGCACGUCAAGGAGAUCGUCAUCUUGGCCAAGCGCCUCUUCGAUCCUCGAAAGCCUGCAGUCUUCAUUUGCUGGGCUAUAGUGUUCUCAAAUUGGAUCUUUGGUUUCGAUGACAACGACUACUACUGGACAGAUGAAGACUGGCAAGCACUCGACGAAAUUACCAGCAAGAAUGUUACACCUCUAUAUUUUGCAGCAAUGUUAUCUCUUCCAGAGAUAUGCAAAUUUUUGAUUAACCACACAGCCGACGUAGACAUUCGGAGUGGACUCGGCAGCCCCAUACAGUGUGCCAUUGGCGGCUUGUGGAUCUUCCGGUGCAGUAGGUUUAGCCGCUCAAUUGGGCCCAAUCUGGAGGAGUGGUAUAUUGCGGAUUAUAAUAGGGAGCCUUUUCACCAAGCUACAGUUGAAACCAUCGACCUCCUCGUGGCGGCUGGGGUGGACCCUUCAAUCAUCAGUUUGGGCGACGUUGAGUCUGAACUAGACAUCCUGCCUGAUAAUCUGGGUGUGCAGUUAUCAAAGUUUCCGGAAUGGCACUCCCAGUUUGGUGAGCACUGCCAACAUCUUCUGCGAGAGCUCAGUGGAGCGAUGGGCACAUCAGCCUUCGUGCUCAAGCUCUGCUCGCUGAUGCUGAUCUCUCGAGGUGCGCAAUCAACUGCGUCAAGCACGGGACCGCCGAGACCCUCGGGAGAUUACUUUCUGACGCCAGAUUUCGACCAGCAGAUAUUGAUGCUGAAUAUGGCGAAUCAUUACUGCACCUCGUCGUUAGAUUGUGGUAUGGAAAGCCAAGAUUUAUCAAGGGCACUCAGAACAACAGAUCGACUUGGUUAUACUCCGUUGGUGCUUGCCAUCGAAUUAGAGCACGUGGAACUAGCACUGUUACUCCUAACAAACUGCCAGAACGACGCACCCACUUGGGAAAGUCCGACAACGCAUGUACUCCGCCUUGCAGCUCGAGCAGGGUCUCUGCCCUUAUUUCAAGGUCUUCUCGAUGCCGGGGUAGAUGCUGAUGCUGGAGAUCCAGGCUUGUUUUCGCCACUGCAUUGCCUCGGAUCAGGGGCGACUCUUGAAUUCAUCGACUAUCUUAAAUCCCAGUACAAGGACGCCUGCGCGCAGCGCCUUCAUGGCAGGCUGCCUUUGGAGAAUUUCUUGCAGGCCUGGCUGUGUCAGGAGCAUAUUCCAGCUGGGGAACUGGAUCCCAGACUGAUUGAUGCCUUGACUAGCCCGAGCGACACGCUCUCCUAG